AUGGGUAAUAUUGAAACAGUAUUAUCGAGUAGUAUUGCAGCAGUUUUCUUUGCUGCUUUUGUAACUUCUGGGACAAUGUGGUAUGGUGCUGCAGCAACACCAAUUGAGUUAUUUGGUCCAACUCGUUAUCAAUGGGAUAGUGGAUACUUUCAACAAGAAAUUGAACGACAAGUUGAAGUCUCUGUAAGUGAAGGGUUAUCUGAGAGCCAAGCCUGGUCACGAAUUCCAGAUAAAUUAGCAUUUUAUGACUAUAUUGGAAAUAAUCCGGCAAAGGGCGGUUUAUUCCGUGCUGGACCAAUGGAUAAAGGAGAUGGUAUUGCUGAAGCUUGGUUAGGUCAUCCAAUUUUCCGUGAUAAAGAAGGUCGGGAAUUAACAGUACGUCGUAUGCCCGCAUUCUUUGAAACAUUCCCAGUUAUUUUAGUCGAUAAAGAUGGUAUUAUCCGUGCUGAUAUUCCGUUCCGUCGUGCCGAAUCUAAAUAUAGUAUUGAGCAAGUGGGUGUCACUGUCGAUUUUUAUGGUGGUAAAUUAAAUGGUCAAACAUUUAAAGACGCACCAACAGUUAAGAAAUUUGCUCGUAAAGCACAACUAGGAGAAGUUUUUGAAUUUGAUAGAACAAGUUUAGAAUCUGAUGGCGUAUUCAGAAGUAGUCCACGUGGUUGGUAUACUUUUGGUCAUGCUAAUUUUGCAUUAUUAUUCUUCUUUGGACAUUUAUGGCAUGGUGGUCGAACAAUUUUCCGUGAUGUAUUCACAGGUAUUGGAGCAGAAGUUACAGAACAAGUAGAAUUUGGUGCAUUCCAAAAACUUGGUGACAAAUCAACAAAAAAACAAGGUGCUGUGUAA